CAGAUCCGCUGCGUCCCUUCCCUCUCCGUCCUGCUCGUCGUAGUCGUGCAUUUUGUCUUGUCUUGUUUGUUCUGCUUCUUGAUCCCUCUCUCUCUCACUCACUCUCGCCGUCGCAUUGUAUCACUCAGUCUCACCCAGUCUCACCCAGUCUCACCCACCUACCCCGCCGGUGCUACCUCCCACACACGCACACCCACGCCGCGGGCCCGGAUCAGCCAGCCAUGUCGUGGUCCAAGAUCUUCUCCGAGAAGAAGAGGUCGUCGCAGGAGGAGCCAGAUCUGUCGCAGUCACAAGAGCAACAAGAGCCAAAGCACGAGAUCUCCGACUCCGAGCCACGCACCUCCGACGACAGCUCUAAGCACAUCUAUGGCGCCAAGUCGCUGGGUGUCAAGCGCAUCGAGGCUAUCUCAGCGCAGUUCACGGGGUUGGAUAAGAUUGUGCUGUUUUUCAGCAUCUUUCUCGUCGCGUAUGCGUAUGGGCUUGAUGGGACGAUUAGGUAUACUUACCAGCCACUUGCGACAGCCAGCUUUAGUCAACACAGUCUGCUAGCCACCGUCACCGUCCUGCGUUCCAUCAUUGGCGCGGCAGCACAGCCGGCAGCAGCCAAGAUUGCCGAUGUGUUUGGUCGCGUCGAGCUCGUUAUCAUCGGCAUUUUCUUCUAUGCCCUCGGCACCAUCGUCGAGGCUGUCUCGACCGGCGUCUCUUCCUUCGCGGCGGGCGCGGUGCUGUAUCAGGUUGGCUACACCGUCAUCAUGCUCCUCGCUGAAGUCCUCAUCGCGGAUCUGACAUCUCUCCGCUCGCGUCUGUUCUUCUCAUACCUCCCCGCAGCCCCAUUCCUCAUCAACACCUGGGUCAGCGGUGAUGUCACCGCCGCUGUCUUGGCAAAAGCAGGCUGGCGAUGGGGUGUCGGCAUGUGGGCGCUCAUCUUCCCCGUCUGUGCCAUGCCCCUCCUCAUCACCCUCCUCCUGGCCGGCCGCCGUGCCGACCGCGCCGGCAAGCUCGCCUCCUUCAAGACGCCCUUCCAGGCCCUCGGCUGGAAGCAGUUCCUCAUCGAGCUAUUCCUGCAACUUGACGUCGUAGGCAUCAUCCUCAUCAUCGCCGUCUUUUCCCUCAUUCUCGUUCCCCUCACCCUCGCCGGCGGCGUCAAGGAGACCUGGAAGACCGCGCACAUCAUCGCGCCCCUCGUCAUCGGCGUCUUCACUAUUCCCGUCUUCAUCCUCUGGGAGAAGAACUGCAAGCACCCUAUGGUCCCCUUCCGCCUCCUUAAGGACCGCGGUGUUUGGAGCGCCCUGCUCGUCGCUAUCAUGCUCAACACGGCUUGGUACAUGCAGGGUGACUACCUGUACACCGUCCUCAUUGUGGCGUUUGGCGAGUCCGUUAAGUCGGCUACGCGCAUCACAUCGCUGUACAGCUUCGUCUCCGUCAUCACGGGGUUGAUCACCGGUAUCGUCGUCCGCUUCGUCCACUACCUCAAGCCUUUCAUCGUUGCCGGCACCGCCCUCUUCACCGUCGCCUUCGGUCUGCUCAUCCACUACCGUGGCGGCACCGGUGGCGCAAACCACUCCGGUAUUAUUGGCGCACAGGUCCUCCUCGGUAUCGCAGGUGGUCUGUUCCCCUACACCGCACAGGCCAGUAUCCAAGCCGCCACCAAGCACGAGCACGUCGCCGUCAUAACCGGCCUCUACCUCGCCAACUACUACGUCGGCGGCGCCUUCGGCAACGCCAUCUCCGGCGCUAUCUGGACGCAAGUCCUCCCCGGCAAGCUGGCCUCCCAUCUCUCCCUCGUCACCUCGGACGCUGCCCUCGCCGUCAGCGCGUACGGCAACCCGUUCGCGUUCAUUGAGGAGUUUCCCGUUGGUACGCCGGAGCGGGGGGCGGUCAUCGCGUCGUACCAGGAGACGCAGAGGUUGUUGUGUAUUACGGGGAUUUGUCUGAGUGUGCCGUUGAUUGUGUUUGGGUUGCUCACGAGGAAUCCGAAGUUGGGGAAGGAGCAGAGCUUGAAGGAUGCGGAGAGGUUUGAUAGUAGUGUUGAGAGUGUGGUGGAGCCGGUUGAGAGGGGGGAGGUGGUGGAGGGGGAGAAGGUUGGUAACUAACUAGUUGCGGGAAAAAGGGGUUGUAGAUUACUUUAAUUUAUUUUGUUUGGGAG